AUGAACGAGUUCGCUCGCUUCUCCAAGCGAGCUGUCGACUACUUCUUCGAUCGUCCGGCCAGGAACGAUGAUACCUCUCCCAUAUGGUGUCUCGGCCGAUCUUACGACUCCGAUUAUCGUCCUGAAAAGCACGACCAGACAACUGCACUCUCUACCUCAGCCAAAUCAGACUCUGCAGCGUCGCACGCUGACUCGGCCGUCGUAACACAAUCAGAACAGAAGCCAGAUGAGCAAGGAGAAGCGGGGGAUGAUGAGUUGGUCAAGAGCUUCGAUCAAGUACAAUUGUCAAAGUCUAUGGAUGAGGAAGAUUUUGGAUGGCCUUCUGAGUUCCUGGAAGAUGUGGAAUCACGGAUAUGGCUCACAUAUCGGAGCGACUUUCAGCCAAUAGCCAAGUCCAAGGACCCCGCUGCUGCCUCUGCCAUGUCGUUCACAACAAAGCUACGGAACAUCGCUAAUCAGGGUGGCUUUACUUCAGACUCAGGAUGGGGCUGCAUGAUCAGAACAGGACAAUCUUUGCUGGCCAACACAAUCCUACUGCACCGCUUGGGAAGAGACUGGAGGAAGGGUCAGAACGAGCGAGAGCAUAGGGACAUCUUGUCCCUGUUCGCAGACACACCCGAAGCUCCCUUUUCCAUUCACAAGUUCGUCGAGCACGGAGCUCAGGCGUGCGGCAAAUAUCCUGGCGAGUGGUUCGGUCCCAACGCCACUGCUAGGUGCAUACGGUACGUCUACUGCCUGCAUCUCAGCCAGACUGCAGGGCUAAUCUCGAUCCAGGGCGCUCACAGACAAAUACCACGAAGCCGGAAUCCGCGUAUACGCACGACACAAUGACGGCGACGUCUACGUCGACUCACUCAUCGCCACUGCAACUCAGAAAGACGCUGAUGACAAAUUCCAGCCCACACUCAUCGUCCUCGGAAUCCGUCUCGGAAUCGAAAAGGUGACUCCAGCCUAUCACGCUGCUCUCAUGGCAUCACUCGAACUUCCGCAAUCCGUCGGAAUCGCAGGCGGCAGGCCUUCCAGUAGCCACUACUUCCUCGGCCACCAAGGCGACAACUUUUUCUAUCUCGAUCCACACACCACUCGCCCCAUGCUCUCCCCGCAACCUUCUGCCGAAGACAUCGAAUCCUGCCAUACCAGACGCAUCCGCAAACUUUCCCUCACGGAAAUGGAUCCCUCCAUGCUCCUCGGCUUUCUCAUCCGAUCGAGGGAAGACUUUGAGGACUGGAGGAAAGCUGUCUCGGAGAUCCCAGGCAAGGCGAUCAUCCACAUCCACCAGAAAGAAGGAAGUUAUGCGACUGGGGAUGAACGGGCCGGUGCGGUCGAUGAGGUGGAAACGCUGGAUGAUACGAUGGAUGACGAUGAUGCUGAUGCUGAUAAUGAUGAUUUCUGA